CCCCCGCGGGGGCCCUUCCCCGGGCCGCGGCCUGCGCUGCCCACGUGUGCGCGGCCGCGGCUCCCCCGCGCAGGCCGCGCCGCCUUUCUCUGCCGACUCAUGGCGGCGGCGGGGCCGGGGGCCGCGGCCGAGCGCGGCUCUGCCCGGCGCGGUCGCUGCCCCGGGCUAGGGGCACGGCUGGGGAACGGGGGUCCCCGAAAAGGGAAGUGGAGGGGCUGCGCUGUCCAAAUCGUGCUUGUAACCCGCUGCUGUCGUCAGCAAAGGCUGAAACUGCGGAACACCAUUUCCUCGCCUGUCGGGAUGGGUGUUGCGCUCCUCUCGUACCUGCUUCAAGUGAAUCGGGACUAGGAGCAAACCACAAAAGUUUUCACUAAGCGUCUUGUUUGGGAAAGACUUAAUCUUUUUCUACCUGUCUCUGUUAGCUCUGGAAACACGUUGCCAGAUGUGCCAUCAGAUUCCCACUUACUGUACGUGCCAGUGUUUUGUAAGAACUGUUACUACCUAGCAUGGUGAUUCAUCAGAGUUAUUGAUCUCUGGGAGAUGGACAGCUCUGCAAUUUCCACCUGGAAAGCUGUCAUCUGAAUGAGAAGUGUAGAGGACAAGUUAAUCGUGCCGGGUAGAAGGCUGUGUUCUGAUUGUUUGGUGGUUUGUCAUUGUAGUCAUGGACAUAAGCAAAGCUUAAGGAAAUCCAGGACAGCGUGGCUGUCUGCAUUUGCCUCGUGCGUUGUGACACAAAACUGGUCACAUCGCUCCUUUGUGUGAAGGUUGCACUCUAUUGUGAUGCCUUCUGAGAUAACGACCCCAAGAAAAAAAAACAAAAUAAUGCAAAACUCCAAGGUUGAGUGUUCCUGUUUGAGUCUCCUGUGUAAGGAGUGUUCAGAUUCAUCGCCAGCCUCAUCGGUUGCAAAGGUGUGACUUGUCAGAGUCAGCAGCGACGAGGCAGCUGCCCAGCACAAGCAGGGGGCCCUUGCAACUCCUGGGAUGAUGAUUUGAGGGAGAGAGUGAGGGUGUGUCAUUAGCGUGUCCACGCAGUUGUAGGGUAAGGGAGUAAUGCUGCAACACUCAGAAUUGUCCUUGGGCCCAGCACAGUUGUCUCUGUAUUCCCAAAUGUGUUUAAAAAAUGGAAUUUGUUAGUGGAGCGUUUUGGGACUCUUGGCAGCAGCGCCUGGUUCUAGCAGUGCCCCCAGUGCUGCUGCCUGGCUCUCCUCUCUUGGGCCAUUGUUUCUUUUGCUGCGUGUUCAUUAGCAGAAGAGAAAACGUGUAAAAUAAACACGGCUGGUGAGCUCCCACGAGAGGCAGGCUGGCAGCUGACCUUGCCUGGCAGCCCUGCACCCAGGUACCUUCUUGCGGAGUUGCAGGCUCAUGUUGUGUCUUCAUUUCAUUGGAUGGAGGAUUUGUUUUGGCAGGCGCUUACCAAAAAAGAUCUGGAGCGCGAAUUUGUUUGAAAGAAUCAGCUGGUGAGGUGAGUUGUCGUGACCUCCAGGAGGAUCACCCAAGGAAAGCGACUCUUUUUCGAUGCUUGAAGUGGUUCUGAACUCUGGAAAGUCACUCCUGGAAGUCGCUGGUUUCUCAGCAGAGCUUACAAGGCUUUUGCUCAUAAUCCAGCAGUGUUCCCAGUGCAGUGCUUCUGUGCUGGAGAUACUAAAUAUUUCCAGCCCUGAUCCGCCAGAGGUAGUGAGGAGACCAGAGAGUGUAGUGCAGACAGCUCUGUAAAGAUGUAGGGAUACCUCUGACUUGUUUUACAGGCUUUGAAAGCCCUUAUUUUUUUUGUAAUGAUAAUAUUAAUUUAUAGACCCACAGAGCAGAUUUAAUGGACAAGACCUUCUCCUUAGGCGUUCACGCAUUCUUGUAAUGGCCUGCCAUGGAAUUGGUGCUUAUAAAAAUAAAAGCAUUGAGCUCAGGGAGAACAGCCACCUGCAAGAUCUUGGUGAGUUUCUGCUGUCCGUUUUGGAGUAUGGAUAGGGAAGAGCUUAACAAAUCCACCUCCAGGUGGUCAAAACACCAGCCUGUUUUGAACUGUGUGACUCGCCACAGCUGGGUAAGUUGAGUGCAUUUGGGGCCUAACACAGGGACUGAAGAACAGGGUCGUUUUUUCAUGGAUUAGGAUUUACCUUUAGAAGCUUGUGCUUUGCCUACCUGCUGCAGUAUUUUUAUGCUCAAAGUUGGCAGUGAAGCCUGUAAUAUAAUAGGAUGUUCGAGCAAACCUUUCUGCUUUUUCAGGAAGGAGGGCUCUUGAAUUGAAGCCUCUCCUUGCUUCUUAACCUCCCAAAAGCACAAUGGCUUGGCAGUAAGUGGGGCAGCCAUUAGGUCAAGUUAGACACCAGUGUUACUGCUGAUGCUGUGAGUGGAGGAGGCUGAGGCUCUUCUGGAGUGGCACACCAAGAUGCACGUUACCUUUUUUAUUUGUGUGUGUUUCUGUCAGAGGAAGGAGGGGGGGAUCCUUUGAGUCCUGAGGUACACAUGGUCCUGUCCCAUGUGGCAGGGCUUGUACUUGACACUCCUGACUGCUUGUGAGGGAUGCUGCAGAGCUGUAAUGAUGCCUCAUUUUUACUCUCUAAUGAUCUAGUAGCAAGGUCUGUGUGACCAUGCCCUCGUUAUUACAUGUUCUCUUCUUAUCAUGUAAAUAAAUGCAGCCAGCAGCCUCACUGACACAUGAUGGUAGUGGAUGUGUGUCUGUGGUAGUGAAGGAAACGUUUUCUGGCAAAACCAGCUUUGCACUACUGGCUAUAAACCAAAGUCAAAGUGUUUUCUUCAGUUCUUCUGUAGAUGAGAAGUGUGGCUUGCAGUUCAAGCAGCUCGACCUUCUGGAACAUGUUGUACUCCUCCGCUGUGCCCUGCACCAGGGCUGAUGCUGAUGCAAGCCUUGGUGAGGACAGGUGUUAACAGCACCCCAUUUUGAAAACCUGCUGGAUGUAUUUCAAGAAAUGUUGCAUCAAGGCACUUGGCACUUCUUUAUUUUUAAAGCCAUUUACAUCUUGGAAGUAAGAACAUGCAGGUUUUAAUGACUGGCACUGCAAUCGCUCAGCUUUGCCUGGGCUAACUUUUAAAAUUCUCCCUGUAAGUGCUUGGCCAGGGAAAGCGGUGUAUUUCCUAGUGGAGAUGCAGGAGGUGCUUUGAUUUCUUGAGCAGAGUUUCCUGCAUGCUGUUUGGCAAACGUGCUGGGUGGAUAAGCAGUGCUUUCCAGAAGGCACACCUUAGUUGCUAGCAGCAAGCACCAGGGGUGAGCUGACUGUUGUUGAGAGUGCGUGUUGCUUUAUGCCCGAGCAGAGUCUGACUUGGCUACCAGUACUGAGGAGAAGGCAGGGGAAGAUUCAUUAGCAUCUCACCCCUUGCUGACUAACUCCCCAUAGGGCUUUCCUUGAAAUCAGCCUCCAGUGCAGGAGAUAAGAUGGAUGGGAAGCUUGUUUUACCAUUGGCAUUUCUUCGUGUUCAGAGUAGACACAUCUGCUUGCUCAGGUAUCCAGCUUGGUAGUCCUGCACACACCUAUUUCCAAAGUGUUGGGCAAUUCUCACUCUGUCGUGGCACGUAGUGUUGGAGCUCCUCUGGCUGUUGCAACAGAGCUGCUAUCGCAGCAGGAGGCCCCCACCACCGCUCCAAAUUUCCUCUCCAAACUCCUGUUUUGUUCCAUUCCCACAACUCGCGUUCGAGUAACUCUUCCCAUCUUGUUGGGGAGGAUGAGGGUAACUGGAACUUGUUGCUCAAAAAAAAGUGAGCCUUAGUGUUUUCCCUCCCCCACAUACCUUUGCCCUUCAGCUUUGUGCUGGACCUUUGCCCUGUUCUGCACUGUUUGUUUCGGGCAGAGAAGGCUGGGGAAUGCAGCACGGCUCCUGGGAGCUGACUCACUGGCCCUGGUUGCUGGGCUUCAGUGCCUGCUUCUGCUGCGACCUCCAGUUCCAGAUUGCCAGCUCCAAGGCAUCGCUGGAGGAUCCUCUCCAGCCAUCUCCUUACCCUCACAGCUCUUCUUUUAAACUUUAUAUUGCUCAUCAUGUCACGGAGAUUUCCACCACGAUUGAGGCUGCAGAAGGACUUUGUUCAGAUGUGAAGACAAAUCAAGUCCAGAAAGCAGGACUGGAAAUGGGGGCACUGGGGCUGCAGUGCUCUGCUCUCCCUUCCAAACGAUGACACCGGAUCUUUUUACUGUGCUCGAACAGUGUGAAAUUAUCUUCAGGGUAAUGCCAAAUGCAGACUUGGAUGGAGUUAGAUUGCUCUUUACAUACUUGAGACUAUAAUGAAUCUCCAGCACCAUCUCUGUGGUUGUGCUUGUUUGGCAAAAUAAGGAAUGGACAUUUUAGUAGAAAGCUGUGCUUGCUGUUCAGACCAGGCUGAGUGUUUUAACCCUUACAGUUAUUACAGGCAUUCUUCCCCUUGGGUCAGAGGAGCUUUGUUCAUUCCCAACCGCGAUACGCAUUUGCAUUAUGGUCUUUAAUAUGUUACUUAUCCUUUGGUCAUCUUAGCAUUGAAGCCUUUGCUGACUUCCUACCAAGGGCCCGAGUCUCCACACUGCUGGCUCUGACAAAUCCCCAGCUUGCUGUGUACACAGGGAACUUGGGGAAAGAGGUGAUGCAACCUUGGUGAUACCUGCUGAGCUCUCCCCUGGUGAUAGUGCUGUCUAGGUGGAGCUUUUCAUGGCCAAGAAAUUGUCUCCUGGGGUUGGCUAGCUCUGGGUGGAUCUCUGGAUCCAUUCUGUGGUCUCUGGCAUGGCCAGCUCUGCAUUUGUUCCUUUUCUCACUUGAAAUCGGGCUUUAGUUCCACUUGUUCUGCAGGUCCAGGUCCUUGUUAGUGAGGCCUGAAUGGAGCUGGGAGACUUAUCUCCUUGCAUUGAAAUAACUGGUUCAUCUGAAUAUCUUGUAUCAAAUGAUACGGCUGCAUGACUUGAGGUCAGAGGAAAGGGAAAAGAAGGGCUUCAAAGAAUUUAGUGCAGUCCUGGGAGAACUUAGAGCUACUUGUAUAUUUAGGUAAUGCUAAUGGGUGAUCAGAACAAAUGGCAACUGAAUUUGGCCUUGAAUAAAUCAAUUACCAGAUUUCUGUGUUGGGAAAAUUUUGGGUCAGGGUCGAUCUGGAUUGCUUGGCAAACAGAGAGGUGGGUGUGCGCAUGAAUGUCGCACAGCUGUGGAGCAAAAACUGGCACAAGGCAUUUGGUGGAAAUAGGUUUGCUGAUAGCAAUUCUAAUGCUGUGCAAGAUAAACUUUUGUUUUUGGAAAAGGUUGUAGAAACUGUGGUCAAGUGUCAACAUGUUUCUAAAGGGAGGCUCAUCCUGUAAUUGGAGGUUCCCAGAAGGUCCUCUUAAUUGAACUUCCCUCUAUCAGUGCACACAUUUCUACUGAAGUUUAGGGGGCCUCGUGGGUGGAUUGCCUUUCCUGAGCAAACUGGUGUGUGAUGUGUUGUGGCUCUGCUGGUUUCAGUGUUGCACCAGGCUGAGGGUGCUGGUUGAGCUGCUAGAGCCAUCCUUAGCAGGUCAUUUGGCCCAGGUUUGGUCUGACACUCGCUGUGGGUAUUGCCAGGAUCAAGAGUUCUUCCUGCAGCAUUAAAGCUACGUGUGCUGGGGGAUGUUCUGCUGAGACAUGCAAGGAGAAGGGAGGAAGGGCUGGGAACAGGCUCAUCUAAUACCUGCUUUAUCAGUGAGUUACCUUCACUGUCCUUCUGGAGCAAAGCUGACUUAGGAGCAGAAGCUUCCCUUGACACUUCUAUGUCUUUCAGGGUACACGCAGCAGGGUUCAGUGCUCUACAGUGGUUGUGAUUUUAUUUUUAUUUUGAGGGUUUAGAGUCCUUUGUUCCUUUGUGUGGUAACAAACCAUAUGGUUUGGUAGAGUUCUCUGCUGCAGACUGAUGGUGUGUUGGAGGAGACCAUGAUGGCCCUGGCUGGGUUGGGUGCUCUGGAAACCUUAAUUUCCUUUAGAAGUGGUCAGCAGGGGUGGUUGUUGGUGUGAUGCCACUCAGUAUGAUCAUGGUGACACUCAGAGGUGACACAAAUGCCCUUUGCUCUCUUGAUCUAGAGAAUGUUUCUCUGGUUCCUCCAGAACACGUGUGACACUCGCAGUGUGCUGGCGGGCACAGCGUGCCCUGACCUGUGCUCCUGGGGAAGCGCAUUUGCUUCCUGCUGGGCACCCCUUGAAGUGGCUGGGAGCAGGUCUGCAACCUGCUGCUCUAGCAGGUGCUGCUCUCCACUCCCACCUCGCUCCCCAAAGCAGCCCUGGCUGCUGAUGGGGCCCAGGAGAGGCAUCCCUGCCCCACGAGGAAGAUGUUGGAGGAGAAGCAUCUCUGGUGCUCCUCAGUGUCACUCGUUUGAUCUCUGUCAGUGAUCCCUUGGUGACUGUGGGGAGAAACGGGGGCUCGGCUGGGGCUCGUGAACCUCGCGCAUCCUUGACACACGAGGCAGAGCUAAAGCACGAUUGGAAGCUGCACAGAGGGUGGAAACGUGCCGUGUGUCCUUCCUGCGGGCCGGGAGGGCCUGCGUGAGCCCGAGGUGGGGUCCGGCAGGUGGGACACGGGGGUGCCCCGCUCUCCCUGGCGCAGGUAUGGGGGCACAGCUCGGGGAGGCAGCGGAGCCUGUCCCGGGCACGGCGCUGAGCACGUUUUUCCAGCUGAGCAGCGGCGUGUGCAGCUCCUGCAGAGUGACUCUGCAGUCUGCAGGGCACGGCUGCGCCGGAGGGAGCCGGGUGCAGGGAGCCGGGUGCGGGGGGCUCUCAGCGCUUCCCCUUCCCUGGGAGUCAUUUGACUUCUUUGACUCGCCUGCAGUGUGAAUGCAUGGAGAGAAAGAACGCAGGGGUUUUCAGGGCUGGAUAAAGUAGCUUUUAAGGAGUCUGAAAAAAACUGAGAGAAGAGGUGGGUUUUUUCCUGGCUAAAUAUGUGGGGAAACAAGUAUGAAAUUGGAAAAACCACAAAAAUGAGGAAAGGGUAGAGUUUUGUUGAUGGGAAAGUAAGAGAAAAGGUGCGUGGGGAGAUUGGUGUUUUACCUGCCUGGUAAGUCAGAGGUGGGUAUGCUGCUAAAUACUGAGCACUUUCUUUAAAGCAGAUUAUUUGUGAUAUGUAUUCAGCCUCUACACUAAAUCACACAGCCUUUUUUAUUUUGUUUUUCUUUAUGACUGUGCUUAUGAAAGCUUCUGGUCAGUGAUGUAGCUGAGUGAUUAUUUUACCAAGUCUUAGCUACCAAACUAUCUGGUUUGCACAUUGGCAGAUGAUGAAGCUAGUGGUAGAAUAAAAUAGUGAGAACUCACAGCUAAUAAGCAACACUCAAAUGUCUGAUAAGCCAGCUUUCACUUAAACUACAGGAAAUUAAUUUCUUUGGAUUCUCCAAGGUCACAUCUUCCUUCUUUUUUUUAUUCUAUGUUGCUAAAGAAGCCCUGAGUUUAUUCCUGCAAGACCCUUAGGAUUCUCUGCAAUUUUUAUGCCUUUGCUGUAACUGGAAAGGUUAGACUUCCAAGUAGUAAAAAGUCUGUGUCAGCUCUCCCAACCUCACAGAACCAGCCUACUGAAAAUAAAGACAAGCACAGUAACAAAAAGCAAUUCUCUUGGCCUCAAUCAGCACAAGAAGAGACACCUAAAGGAGUUACUGAAGCACUUUAGCUGUGUUACCUCCAGGUGGGCUCAUGUUGGCAGGUCAGCUGCAAGGCUGUGUGAAGGGGAAAAGUAGAGCGAAAAACAGAAUGAAGAAUUAAGUGUAAGGAGUGACACCAGUAUGUGUGAUGCUGAGAAAUGAUGUGUCUGUAGCAGCAGAUACUGAAAUGUGGAGAAGCGCAUCCCAAAAAUGCAGUCAGGAGGUUUUUACUGGGACUGAAACAGAAGAGUGAUGGGAUUUGUGCAGAAGGUUCCACCCAGCAGUAGAGAAGAGCGAAUCACGGAGGUGUCUCCACCAUGUGCUCAGGUGACAAAGCAUGAGACUUCACUGUAAUCAUAUUGAAUUUCACUUCCCAACUCCCAGCUCAACCUUGAGAGCUCGGGGGAAUACCAGCUAUGAUCUCGUGCAUCUUCUGAGUGCUCUGAAAUCCUCUGCCACCGCAGAGGGUCUUGCACUGAGCUGAACAGAAAGGGGACUUUUCUUCUGGUUUCCCAGUCUCAGGUGAGCUCUACAAGCUCACUGUUGCUGGGUUUUUGGGGGUUUUUGGUUUGUUGUUUUUUUUUUUUUUAACUGUGGAAUGAUGAAUGUGACAUUUGCAUACUCUGCAGGGUGGAAUUUGCUGUAAAUGAGCCACGGUUUUAAAUUUUAAAAUUAAACUUGUAAGGACAAUUGUGAAGAUAAUUUGGAGGAGACAUGGCAGAUUGCAGUAAGAUAACCGUCUUAGCCUCAAUUGGAGGUGAAAUCUGAGUUGAUGUAAUUGUCAGCAGUGAGUGGAACCAAGCAAGCAUGGAGUUUGGAGGGUGAUUGGAAUGGCUGUGCUUGAUUAAGACCAAGUAGAUAGCCUGGGCCAGAGGGAGGGAACACCUCAGACUGUGUGUCUGAUGAUUUGUAAUUCGGUUAAGAUUUAAUUAUGUUGUCUUCACUGUGCUGCCUUGUGUAUCCUACAGCCCCCUCCCUGCUCGCCCCUCUGCCUGCAGCCCAAAGGUGGAGAGAGCCUUGCCAUUUUCAGUUUCUGGGGUUUUUAUAGGGAUUUCUGGCAUCCUUGUCUGAUGUUGUGGGGCUUUAUCAUGAUACUGGUGCGUUUGAGGAGGUGGGGUGGGAUCCUCUUUCAUGGAGAUGCUGGACUUCUGGGUGCAUUAGUGGAUUCUCCUUUGUAUGGAGAUGGAUCUGGCCUUGGGCAGAGCUUCUCUGGAGUUUGGGUCUGUCCUUGAUGUGCAAGCAGAAAAGUGUGCUGCAGCUCUAAGAGUGACAACCCUUUCAGAGGGAAACACCAUCCUGUAUCAGUUUCCACAUUGUGGGAUCCAGCUGGCUUCUGGGCCCUACCAAAAUGGCUCCUGUAUUUAAACAAGAGUCUUUGAGAUGUGUAUUUUGCUUGAUUGUGACAGAAAUUUUAGUUCAGUAUCCAGUGGCUUAAAGAGCAGUUUGGGGGGGGUUACUCUGAUCAUUUGGACCAGAAUCAUGUAGGGUUGCUCUCCUGGAAGGCCUCAGGCCUCCAGUGGUAUCACUCCAGGCUUACUGUGAUUAAAGGAUAUGAGGCAGAGAGCUGGGUCUCCAACAGCUCCAUGGGAAGAGUAAACAAACACCUUUAAGUUGCUUUGGACUUUCUCUGAUGUUCCUUGUUGAGUUCAUGCUUGGGAAUGUUGAGACUCAUGCUCUGGAGCAGCAGCACUUUGCUGCUUCUCCACUUUGGAGAUGAGGGGAAGGGGUUAACGGGAGAGAACACCCAGUGUUUGUUCUCUCCAGUGCAAGCACUGAUAAGUGAAUGGGAGAAACAACAGCCUGUGACCUUCCAGUUAUUCCUUGUGUUCCUGUGCAUAUGUGAGCGUUGGAUUUGUAGGACUGUCUGUUUGGAGAGCUCUCAUUCUACUGAUCAGGUUCCCCAGAACCCAGUUGGCAUCUCUGGUGCUCGGAGAAGAGACCUGGACCCUUUUCCAUCCAUGUGGAUCUCUGAAAGGUGUUUUUGCCAGGCACAGUGCUGGUCCUGCUGGUGACUGUGUGUCCAGCUGGUGUCACGGCCCUGCUGGGUCUGCCCUGCUCCCUUCGGUCUGGAGGACACUGGACAUCAGCACUGAGAUAUAUUUCCAACUGAUGGCCAGUCUGAACUUACAACUCCAGCGAAAGUGGUGAGGGCUGCCAACCCAAGACAGAGGAAGGGAAGCAAGGUUGGUGACUUCGGUGAUGCCACAAAUUGGCCAACACCUGGAGAAAUAGCCCACAAGAGUGUCCAGCAGCCACACAAAGCACCGUCCCUUCGGAAGCUGCCUGUCAAGAAAGACAUGAAAGAGCAGGAAAAGGGAGAUGGGAGCGAUGGCAAAGAGAGCCUGAAAACCAAAUCUGAUGAGUCUGGGGAGGAGAAGAAUGGUGAUGAUGACAACCAGAAGUCAGCCCAGAAGAAGAAAGGCAACAAACACAAGUGGGUCCCUCUGCAGAUAGACAUGAAGUCAGAGGUGCCUAGGGACAAAACAGCCUCUCGGAACAACCGGCAAAACGAGCAGCACAGGCACCCCUCCAACAACCGCAGCGAGCUCAAAGGCUGGCACCCCGACAACAAGCACGAGCGCAGCUGGCAGGACCACGACGAGACCUCCAGCGUGAAGAGCGAGGGAGGCGCCGUGCGAGGAACCUUCCGGGGCCGGGGCCGCGGCCGGGGCAGGGGCCGUGGCCGUGGCAGAGGAGGGCACUUUGACUACCAGUAUGGGUACCGGAAAUUCGAGGGCUCGGACGGCUCCCGCACCCAGAAGUACGCCAGCAACAUCACCUACUACUUCGACAACAUCAGCAGUGCUGAGCUCUACAGCGUGGACCAGGAGCUGCUCAAGGACUACAUCAAGAGGCAGAUAGAAUAUUACUUCAGUGUGGACAACCUGGAGCGGGACUUCUUCCUGCGCCGCAAGAUGGACUCGGAAGGCUUCCUGCCCAUCACGCUGAUCGCCAGCUUCCACCGCGUGCAGGCGCUGACCACAGACAUCAGCCUCAUCAUCAAGGCUCUGAAGGACAGCAAGGUGGUGGAAAUCGUGGAUGAGAAGAUCAGGAGAAAAGAGCAGCCAGAAAAAUGGGCUCUGCCUGGCCCUCCUAUGGCAGACUACACACAGACAGACUUCUCACAGUUCAUUAAUUGCCCUGAGUUUGUGCCCCGGCAGAGCUUCCAGAAGGAGACUGAGUCCGCUCCAGGCUCCCCACGUCCUGCCAGCCCAGUCCCCACCAAAACAGAGGAGGUCAGUAACCUGAAGACAAUGCCCAAGGGCCUGUCCACAAGUCUGCCAGACCUGGAUUCAGAGACAUGGAUCGAAGUGAAGAAGAGACCCCGACCUUCCCCAGCCAGGCCCAAGAAACCAGAGGAGUCAAAGACACCGCAGCAGCAGAAGCAAAAGGACCAAGAUGAACCUGAGGAGCUCGACUUCCUCUUCGAUGAGGAGAUGGAGCAGAUGGACGGCCGCAAGAACACCUUCACCGACUGGUCAGACGAGGACUCGGAUUACGAGAUCGACGACCGCGACGUGAACAAGAUCCUCAUCGUGACACAGACCCCUCCGUACCUGCGCCGCCAUCCCGGCGGGGACCGGACUGGCAACCACACCUCCAGGGCUAAAAUGAGCUCGGAGCUGGCCAAGGUCAUCAACGAUGGGCUGUACUACUAUGAGCAGGACCUGUGGACAGAGCAGUUUGAGCCAGAGUAUUCGCAGAUCAAGCAAGAGGUGGAGAACUUCAAGAAGGUGAAUAUGAUCAGCAGGGAGCAGUUUGACACCCUGACCCCAGAGCCCCCCGUGGAUCCAAACCAGGAAGUCCCUCCUGGUCCCCCCAGGUUCCAGCAAGUACCUACAGACGCUUUGGCCAACAAGCUCUUCGGAGUCCCUGAGCCUUCCACCAUCGCCCGCUCCUUGCCCACGACCGUCCCAGAAUCGCCCAACUACCGCAACGCCAGGACGCCCCGCACGCCGCGCACGCCGCAGCUCAAGGACCCGACGCAGACGCCCCGGUUCUACCCAGUGGUGAAAGAGGGCAGGACGAUAGAUGCCAAGACUCCACGGAAGAGGAAGACGAGGCACAGUUCGAACCCUCCGAUGGAGUGCCACGUGGGCUGGGUUAUGGACUCCAGGGAGCACAGGCCCCGGACUGCCUCCAUCAGCUCCAGCCCCUCGGAGGGGACCCCGGCUGUUGGGAGCUACGGCUGCACCCCGCAGUCCCUGCCCAAGUUCCAGCAUCCCUCACACGAGCUGCUCAAGGAGAACGGCUUCACACAACACGUCUACCACAAGUACCGGCGGCGCUGCCUUAACGAGCGAAAACGACUGGGCAUUGGUCAGUCCCAGGAGAUGAACACGCUUUUCCGGUUCUGGUCCUUCUUCCUCCGAGAUCACUUCAACAAGAAAAUGUAUGAGGAGUUCAAGCAGCUGGCUGUGGAGGAUGGGAAGGAGGGAUACAGGUACGGUCUGGAGUGCCUUUUCAGAUACUACAGCUACGGGCUGGAGAAGAAAUUCCGGCCAGACAUAUUUAAGGACUUCCAAGAAGAGACCAUCAAGGAUUAUGAAGCUGGGCAGCUCUACGGGCUGGAAAAGUUUUGGGCCUUCUUAAAAUAUUCCAAAGCCAAAAAUCUGGACAUUAACAGCAAACUGCAAGAAUACCUCAGCAAGUUCAAGCGCCUCGAGGACUUCCGAGUAGAUCCACCCAUGGGGGAGGAAGGUGGACACAAGAGAUACCCUACGACGUCAGGGGGAGAUGGCAGGAAGCGCUACCCAUCCCAGUCUUCCAGCAAAACGGUCAGCCAGUGCCCAUCCAGCCAAGCCCACGCCUCACCCAGCCAGCCUGCACAAGAGGAUGCCAAAAACCUGAGCCAGCAAUCCCCUGCCCCAUCAGCUGCAGAGUCGCAGACAGUGGGGAAGUAGAGCGGCUGCAGCAUCUGCUUCCUGCCGGGGGGUGGGCUGGGGUGGUGGGGAAUGGCUCGGAGAAGGGCAGACAUGAGGGGGUGGGACAGGAGGGAGCUGGAAGGUGGGUUCCCAGGAACAGGCUGCUUGGGAGAAAACUUCAACGCACACGAUUUUCUUCUCUUGUGGCUGGAAAGCAAAGAUGAUCUGCAUCCAAAACACCGUUUUGCUAUUACUACCCUGACCAGAGCCAGACCCGCUCCCAGCAGACCCAACCUUUCCCUUCUCUCUCCUCCUGUGCACACACUCAUGUCUUAGUGUCUCUUCAAAAAAAAAAUGUGUUCUGGCUGGGUUGGAAAGGGGAGAUUUUUUUAUUAUUAUAUAUAUAUAUCAAGUUUUAAAUUAUUGCUAGAAGUUCGUCUGGAUUUUACCAAAACAAGUCUGCUCUGUGUGGCCCCAACGAGUCCCCUGUGUGUCCCCCUCGGAUGGCGGGGCAGCCGCUCAGGAAGCUCGGAGGAGCGAGGUUCCCCAGUGGGGGACCGAAGCCACAGCGUGUGACGAUGCUGCGGAGCCUCUGACCUCCAUGACCCGGCUGGCGUCCGCCGAUCCCCGUGCGCGGUGCCUCUCCCAACGCCGGCCUCUGCCACAGGAGCGUCGCUGUUCGUUCUCCUGCUCCCUUCUCCCCGACGUCUUCACCUUCCCGAGGGUCUGGCUCUCCCUCUGUGCACCUCUCCCUUCUGUCACGGACAAUUUGGAAGUCAACCAAAGGACCUUUGCCAAGGAUAGGCUUGUUCUGACUCCUUCCUGCGAGGAUGGCUGGUUGGGAGGCUGGCAGGCACCUGGACUCGAGCCUGCGUGGACGGUGCACCCACUGCCCCAGGAAUGCCCAUCGCUUGCAAAGACAUGACUUUGCUGAAGGAGCUUUUCUCUUCCUUUUCCCUUGGAAAAAAUGACAUAAAAGGAAAAAAAAAAACGACCCACAAACCCCUCUAAAACAACAACAGAAAAACUAGAAAAACUCUUUAAAAAAAGACACAUCUCCCUUUGCUUUCUUCCUUGGAAAUAUUACUGAAGAAAAAAAGAAAAAAAAAAACAAACAAAAAAACCCCAAAAACACACAAAAAAAAAGUUGCCUUAUGGUGGAGCUGGACUGGGGAGGCUUGUUGGCUUCCUGCACCCUGGGGUGUACUGCGCUCCCCCAGGCCCAGAGACUCCUCACGGCAUUGCUGCCGAGCUGAUCUUCCCUGCGGCCUUUCCUCCGACCCCGCAGCUCGCUCGGAUGCCUCCCCUGUCACGGAGCCUCCCUGCCAGGCCCGAGUCUCCUGGGGCAGGGGCUGAGGGCAGUCGCAUCCCAGACUCUGCUCGUGUUGCAGCCGCUCCGCUGUGUCGGUACCGUGGCAGCCUUGUCCCCACCACAGCGACUCUUCUGUCAUGGCCUUGCUCGCACCCCCAGCCCUCCCUGGGCAGGAGGUGCCUCUGCUCCUGUCUGUGCUUCCAGCGUGGUUGGGGAGUGAGCAGGGAGCUUGUCACAGCAGCUGGGGGCACUGGUCCUGGCUGUGAGCGAGGGCUGCUUCUGCUGUACCUGACAGGGAGUGAGGCAGCCCUGGGAAAGCUGUCCCACAGCAGUCACCGGCUCAGGGCUGCUGGUGGGACUUGUGCAGGGGUGAGCAGGAGCCCUGCCUGGUACAGGAGAGCUCUUGCCUGGGUUUCCUUGUGUGUUGUGUUGUGGCAGGCGCCUGCAUGGAGUCUCCCACUCAGGGCACAGCCCCUGUGCAUUUCCAAGGGCUGAGAUGACACCGUGUAGCUCCUUACUCAGCUGUGGCAGGGGGUGACUGCAGAGCUGCUGUGGCAUUUACUUGAUUCAUCCUUAACACCCAGCACCAGGUGGACUUUGGUGGGCAAACCCUCCCCAGGCUGUGAGCUGAAUCCUUUGUGAGGGGCAUGUGUCAGAUCUCGGAGAUACCAGUGCUACCUCUGGAGAUGCUCCAGAGAUAGCACUGGAAAGUCGUGUUCCUUUCCAGCCAGACCCACUUGCCUUGCUGUCACCAUGCUCCUUCUGCUGGCUCCCUGGGAUACCAGGCUUGGCUGUGGCUCAGGCUCCAGAGCUGUGCUCCUGUGUGCAGUGUGGAUGCACCACUCGAAGGGUGCAGCUCGUUGUGUUGCCCUUUCUGCAGUCACAAGCUGGUACUGAGCAGUUUCCCAAGGGAUCCAGUUGAUCCAGAGCUGUCUCUCUUAGCUGGGAUCAGUCUCAUCUCUCCAGGGCUGUCCCUUGUACAGCUGCAGGGUGGGUGGGAGAGAGCAGCCAGGAGCUGAGAGUAGGAGUAAGAGGAGAAGCACGGCCAGGCUGUCCAUCAGCAGUGGCUGUGGGUGCUCGUGGGCCCUGGCUGAGGCCAUCCCUUCCCAAACUGACACUGCCUCCAGGAUGCUGCCUUCCUGGGGGCGGGUGGGCUGGUCCGAGUGGAGUGGCUUCAUGAACUGCUGCUAGAAUCGAAAGCACAGCUGGCUUUGAGAGGCUGGGGAGCUGCUACUUGGCUGUUUCCUGGUGGUGAGAUCCUGCCCUGCUCCAUCCAGCCCUGCCAUGUCACCCUGCAGCUGGUACCACUCACAGGCCUGACUGCAGCAGGCGAGCCCAUCCGAGGCCGUGGGUCUCUGUUAUGGCAGCAGCGCUCUGGGGUUGUGGGGUGGGAACUGGGCAAGAUGGGCAAAAGUAACUCUUGUACAGUGCUGUGGCCGUGACUGUUAUCUCUGGAUUUCCCCUCUUGUGAGCUGGAGUCAGAUCUCUGAGGUUGCAUUGAUAGGUGGGCUUGUCCCAGAUUUGGGGAGGAGGAGGCUGGAGGGUCGAUCAAGGACAUUGUAGAUGUGUUGCUGGUUGUUUGCAAGUGGAGGCAGGUCUGGAUGUGCCACAGGUGAUCCUUGCUGCUGUGUCUGUGCUCCUUUCAUUGGCGUGUGUGCGUGGCUCUCUUGAAGCCGAUUGUCUGCGUUUCAGCAACAAAUUCAUAGGAAAUGGGGAGGGGUGAGCUGCUGCCAUGGAGUUGUUGCUUGUAGGGCAGACUAUGGAUUUGCUUGGGUUGUAGAAGAGGUAGGACAUUUCCCAGAGAAUUUCCCAAAAUACUGAUUUUAAGUAAUUUUUAAUUUCUGAUCCUGAGGCUCUAGUCUUGGCAUGGAAGUGUUAACCCUUCCCCCUCUGCCAAGUUAGUGGUUUGUCACACUGCUGUGUGCACCCAGGGGAAGGUGGGUCAGAAGAGCAAUCUCAGUGGUCCCCGUGCCCUCCAGGUUUGUGGACCGUGUGCCUUGUUUUGCUGUUCAUGGGACAGCAGUGGGCAGGACAGAGCAAAGAUGGAGGUGACAGCCCGAGGCAGCUGCUGCUGGCUCACCCCUGUGUUCCUGCAGGGAAGGGAGCACAGAACCCUUCCCUCCUGCUCCGUGCCAGGGUGGCGCUGGCAGAGGGCAGGGAGCUCCCCGGGUGCGUGGUCUGUGCCCAGCUGGGUCACGAGUGGCUGCAGCAAGGCUCGUGUCCCCACUGGAUGAAGGGACAGCUGUCCAGAAGGGGUUUGCAUUUAAGGAAGCUCUGGCCCCUCUGCAGAGGAGGGAGUUAAUCCUUGCUUUUAGUAUGAAUGCCCCACCUCCACCAUGUGUUGUGCUUUUUUGAAUUUUAGAGGACUGAGUGGUUGCACAUGUGCUCCUGUGAGUGCUGAUAGUCCCACAGCUCACGAGAGCUGCAUGGUGCUGGUGCCCAGCCACUGGCAGAGCCUGGGGGGAGCCCCAGCUGCUUCUGGAAAGGCUGAGGGAAGCCGAGUCAGGGGAGCAUUCCUCAUCCUGCCCCUCUUCUCGGGAGGUCCUCCUUGCCGAGGUUAACUUGUUGUUAGCAGGUGGCUGUAACAGGUACAGAGCUGUGGUGUGGGGUCAGAGUGGAGGUGGAAGGUGUGUUUUUGAGGAGGCUUUGUUGCUUUGCCGUGCUCAUUUGGGAAAAACAAUUAAAAAGUAACGAUGAUGCUGCUCUGGUUUUGCCUGUCCAUCUCUUCUGCUGCCCCCUGGCACCUCUGAUGGCACCUUCUCACUGUAGCCCGUGGGGUCCCUGAGUUCUGGCACCUGCUGGGGACUGAUUGUUGUACUGUAACAAACUGAUGUGUUUAACCUCAGUGUCCUGCCGCGUUCCACGUGGCAGUGCAGAGGGGGCCUUCUAGCUGUUAAUGCCUUCCCAGUUAUUUUAUCAAAAGGAAAAAAAAGGAAAACUGUAAAUGUAGCAAGCUGUGUUUGCAAUGCUUACUGUCUCCUGUCUCUGAGGCUGGUUAUGUCACUUGUCACUGUUUGAAAUGGAUGCUGGGCUCUUCCUGAGAAGAUUGUUACACUUGAUGUUAAAUGCCUCACUGACUUUUUUUAAAGAUUCCAAUACAGGUAACAGAUAAAAGAGUUUCUUUUCAUUUUUCUUUUCCUAAGCAAAUGUUCAUCUCGGUGGUGUGGAGCGGGUGGCUGGAGGGCAGCAUUGCCAGGAGUAGUUUACAGUUUCACUUUCUGCAGACACUUGAACAUAGGACCGAUGUAUCUGUGACAAGCACAUCCCCUUGGUGGGAAGCUCCAGAGGAGCAGGGGGUGCUCUGGGUGCCAGCUGGCCCUGUGGAGCGUGCUGGGCUCCCUGCAGCUCCUCACGCUGUCCUCCUGCUCUCUCCCCAGGUGUCAGCCCUGCGCCGGGGUGGCUUGUGCCAGUGGUGCCCCUCGUGGGAGGGGGUGCUUGGCACCACUUGGUCCCUCCAGCCUCCCUGGUGCAGCCCUGCUCCCCAUCUUCCCCCCCAGCCUGUCCUGGUCCCACUGGGCUUGGAAACCUUUGGAUCUGUGGCUCAGAGACACCCACUGAGCUGCACCCCAGCGAGUGCAGCUUUCUGCUCGCUCGCCUGGAGCCAAAGGGGUGAUGGUUCGAUGUGCUGGCCCUUCUCAAACCCUGUGUGUCCAACCUCAGCCUUCUGCUUCCCAAAACUAGAGAGUGUGUGCAACCUUCUUCAGCUGCAUUUAUAGUAGAGACAAACUUAAAAUGACUCAUCACAGACCAUGUAUCACUCGGGAGGAAAACCUUGUUAAUACGGCCUGCUGUACAUGAUCCAUCUCUGUCGAUAGUACAUAAUCUUUGACCCAUGUGCUAGGAUCAUCAUCACGUAUAAAAGGAAAAGAGAAAAAUGUAAAAUACUUGAAUGAGAGCUUGUAUUAUAACAUUAAUAUUAUUCAGAGUAUCUGCUUUCUAGGCUGAUGUGAUUCAUUAUUCUAGUAAUGCUUUAGUCCUUUGUAAUUUGUGGUAAUUAUGCUUUUUCCUUUUUAAUACAAAAAAAAAUGUAUAAAAAUAAAAAGUUCAAAAGACA